AUGGUGGGCUGCUUCUCUGAGAAGAUGCCAGAAGCUUCCCCAGUUUCUGACGGGGAGCCAAUGCCAGCCAGAUCCAAGACAGACCUGCCUCUGGCUAAGGCUGAGCUCAUCAGUAGCAGUGGUAGCACCUCUGGGCAAGACCAACUGCCUACUUGUUUGUACAUAGGUUUAAUUAUUUCUUUCUUUUUUUUUUUUUUAAUAGAUACUGAAUGUCUCUAUUCAAAAGUGUUUGAAGAGAUCUGUGGGCGUUUUGGAAAGACCUAUAGCUGGGAUGUGAAAUCCUUGGUUCUAGGUAGACAAGCCCUAGAAGCAGCAGAGUUUAUUCGAGAUACUCUAGACCUUCCAAUAACUAAAGAAGAGUUAUUAAUUGAAAGUAAAAUGAAGCUGGAGAAGAUAUUCCAUACUGCUGAGUUGUUGCCAGGGGUCAGUAAGCUGAUCCAUCAUUUACACAAACACAAGAUACCCGUAGCUGUUGCCAGCAGCUCAAGCGAAGAGUCAUUUCAGAGAAAAAUAACCAGACACAAAGAUUUUUUUGGUCUUUUUCAUCAUAUUGUGUUGGGAGAUGACCCUGAAUUGAAGCGUGGCAAGCCACAUCCUGAUCCAUUUUUACUCUGUGCAGAGAGAUUUCACCCUCCUGUACCACCAGAGAAGUGUCUUGUGUUUGAAGAUUCACCACAGGGAGUCAAAGGAGCCCUGGCAGCGGGAAUGCAAGUGGUUAUGAUUCCAGAUGAAAGAUUAAAUCCAGAUCUUAAAAAGGAGGCAACGCUGGUGCUGAAGUCCAUGGAAGAUUUCCAACCAGAACUGUUUGGUUUACCAGCAUAUGAUUGAUGCCUAAUACCUAUGAACACGAUCUUGACUGGAGAUAAAUUAAAAGUGAAAUGAAAUUUUAUUUUGGUAUUAUGAUUGUUUAUCAUCUUUUAUUCUCUUCCUCAAAACUAUAGCACAAAAAUCCUGUUAACAGUCAGUCUUUUACACAUUGCCUUUGAUAAACUGUCUGGAAUGUUUAUGAUUUGUCCUUUUAAUAAAUGGUAAAUUAAAGCAGCAUCUUUCUGUUGAGUGAAUCCAGCCUUGUUCUAUUCAUGUCAUAAUGUUUUCUGGGAAUAUUAUGGAACUAUUUAGACAAUUUAUUGUGACUGCAUUGGAAGCUUCUUGUUCUGUUUCCACUUGAAUUACUUACUGUUUACAUCUUAAUCAGAAAUCUUUUCUGGAUUGCCUUUUAUCCCAUUAAAAUGUUUUUGACACUA